AUGAGACCAUUCAAUCUCAGAUCCACUAACAACGAGGUGAAAGCAGUUAAGAAUUCUUUCCUUAAAGGAUUGAGUCCAGAGAGUUAUAUCAGAUUCCAAAAGAAUCCAGAGGGAUACAAAUUGAAAAUGUUUGGCAAACGAUACAUCUCUAAGAAAGUCACACGAGAAAUGAAAGCUGAAAUCAAGCAAAAGAUUCAGAAAUUUGAGAUCGAUAGUGGCAAGCAUAAACUCUUCUUCUUGAAUGAAGCGAAUAAUGGAACACAAAAGAGAAACUUAAGGGCUUUUUUGAUAAUUAAGAGGGGUUGCUCACCAGUUUGAGAGCAAACAACUAGGUUGCAUCAGCUAAGCAGUUCUAGAGGAGUUAAUCUCAAGAGGCUUGAAGCAAGGACUCCGAGAAAGAAGAUGCCCAAGACUAUAUUAAAUCAGACUCCUGCUGCUAAUUCAACCAUUGAAGCUUUUAACCAAGAUAGAUCAGAUGUAAACUUCUCAUAUAAAAGUGCAUCAAAGAGGUCGAGAUUCUUUGAGAAUAUUAAAAAUGAUAAUAGUCUUGGAGGAAAACUUAAUUUUUAUCGUAAGCCUUUCUUUCAGAAGAGCAGGCUUAAACCUUCUAAGCAAAGAGACUUUUCUAAAAACUACUCAACUAAGAAUUCUAAAUUAGGAAAAUUGAUUAUUAGAAGAAAUUAUGAGAACUACCACCCCUCUAGAGCGUUUAGCCCUACUUAUGAGACCAAUAAGGAGUCUCUAUCCAUCAAGAAAAUGAGGACAAACAUGAUCUCACCUUUAAAUAACCAUAAACCAUUAUUAGGAAGUUUUGAAUCAAUAGAGGAUCCUAAACUAGCAAAGAAGCGAUUUGACAGAAAGCUAAAUCUGUCCAACCUUAUUUCAGAUAAGGAGAUCACCCAGAUCAGGGAGAAAAUCUGGGCAAAUCUUCAUGGUGACCAGUUCUAACCUCUCUCAGAUUCAUUGAAAAAUAAAGGAAUCUAAAACUUGCUUUUAAUAUCAAAAAAUUUAAAUUAGUGAUUAUUAAUAAAGUUUUUCACCGUUUAUUGACAUAACUUGGGAUUUCUUUGAUGCAGAGAUGAAGAAUCUCUUCUUACCUCUUUCCACGAAAAAUGAGUCCUUUGUGACCUGUCUUGUUAUUGGUCUGUAUCUAUAAUCACCACUAUGAAGAAGAAGAUUUUCAGAAUAAUAUUAUGCAGAAGUUAAUGAAUGUUGUGUAGACUCUAUUAGAAUAUUCCAGCAAUAAAACUCUGUUAAUGGCUUUCAGGAUCAAAUCAAUGUGAUUUUAUAGGUAGAUUUUAUUAUAAGUUUUAGCAUGAUAUA